AUAUUUCCAUAAGACUCCGGAAGUCCCGCCCCCCUCACCGCUUCUCGCUGUGGGUACAGGCCUAAUCAACAUGGCGACGUCUGCCGCUCUCCGUUCCUUACUGCUACCGGGGCCCAGGCGUCUCUGGGGAUUGUCGAACAAAUUCCUGCCACGGAGGCCCAUAAAUUUUGGAGUGAACAGAUUAAGAAGCACACAGGCAGCUGCACAAGUAGUUUUAAAUGUUCCUGAGACAAGAGUAACAACUUUGGAAAAUGGACUCAGGGUAGCCUCUGAAGACUCUGGCCUCUCAACAUGCACAGUUGGACUUUGGAUUGAUGCUGGAAGUCGAUAUGAAAAUGAGAAGAAUAAUGGAACAGCUCAUUUUUUGGAACAUAUGGCUUUUAAGGGCACCAAGAAAAGAUCUCAAUUAGAUCUGGAACUUGAGAUUGAGAACAUGGGAGCUCACCUCAAUGCCUACACAUCCAGAGAGCAAACAGUAUAUUAUGCCAAGGCCUUCUCAAAAGAUUUGCCAAGAGCUGUAGAAAUUCUUGCUGAUAUAAUACAAAAUAGUACGUUGGGAGAAGCUGAGAUUGAACGUGAACGUGGAGUUAUCCUCCGAGAGAUGCAGGAAGUUGAAACCAAUUUACAAGAAGUUGUUUUUGAUUAUCUUCAUGCUACAGCCUAUCAAAAUACUGCCCUUGGACGGACAAUUUUAGGACCAACAGAAAAUAUAAAAUCUAUAAAUCGUAAAGACUUAGUGGAAUACAUAACAGCACAUUAUAAAGGUCCAAGGAUUGUGCUCGCUGCUGCUGGAGGAGUGUCUCAUGAUGAACUGCUUGACUUAGCAAAAUUUCAUUUUGGUAAUUCUUUAUCAGCACAUGAAGGAGAAAUACCAACUUUGCCUGCCUGCAAAUUUACAGGAAGUGAGAUUCGUGUGAGGGAUGACAAGAUGCCUUUGGCACACAUUGCAGUUGCUAUUGAAGCAGUUGGUUGGUCUCACCCAGAUACAAUUUCUCUUAUGGUUGCAAACACUCUGAUUGGCAACUGGGAUCGCUCUUUUGGAGGAGGAAUGAAUUUGUCUAGCAAGCUUGCCCAGAUCACCUGUCAUGGAAACCUCUGUCAUAGCUUCCAGUCCUUCAACACUUCCUACACAGAUACAGGACUGUGGGGACUCUAUAUGGUUUGUGAGCCAGCUACUGUUGGAGAUAUGAUACACUUUGUUCAAAGAGAAUGGAUACGGCUCUGUACAAGUGUCACCGACAGUGAAGUUGCCCGAGCUAAAAAUCUUUUGAAAACAAAUAUGCUGCUACAGCUUGAUGGUUCAACUCCAAUCUGUGAAGAUAUUGGUAGGCAAAUGUUAUGUUACAAUCGGAGAAUUCCCAUUCCUGAGCUUGAAGCAAGAAUUGAUGCUGUUGAUGCUCAGAAUAUACGAGAUGUAUGCACAAAAUAUAUUUAUAAUAAACACCCUGCUGUAGCUGCUGUUGGUCCCAUUGAGCAACUACCAGAUUAUAACAAAAUCUGCAGUGGCAUGUAUUGGCUUCGCGAAUAAGAAGAUUUUAAUCAAAUGAUUUUGAAAAUAUUAUUUAUAAAAAAAAAACCUGGGGUAUUUAUAAG